UUUGGAACACAGGACUGUAGAACGGUCCAGAGCAACGAUUAAGUACUAACUAAACCGGCAGUAGUACUUAAUUAGCCUAAAACAAAUACAGUAGGAGUAUUAAUUAGUCCAAACCAUAGAAUAGCCUGGAAGAAACGAGAAGCACCCAAAAACGUAAAGAGCCCUGGAAAAGUUGCCUAUGUAAAGGACCAAUCUAAAAUCAAGAAAGAACCAAACGACGAAAUCGGUGCACAAAAUCUCUGUCACGCCGUCCACGUUCUAUGAUCCAACGGCCUUAAAUCUUCCACCGAAUAUUCUAGAAUUCAGCUUCCACCACCUCUACUAUUUAAAGUCCACCCAGCAAUCCCCCUUUCCUCUUCAUCGUAUCGCAGAGAGAAGUUGUUUUCCGAGUUGAUUUCAUACCCCUUUCUUUGAUUACUUCUAUUUGGUAGUCGAAUUUUUUUUCUUUGGUAUUGUGUUCAUUUUAGCUUGGUGAUUCUACGAAGAUGGCCGGAAAAGGUGAAGGCCCUGCAAUUGGGAUUGAUCUCGGUACGACGUAUUCAUGCGUCGGAGUUUGGCAGCAUGACCGUGUUGAGAUCAUCGCUAAUGAUCAAGGCAACAGGACGACGCCGUCUUAUGUUGCUUUUACCGAUACGGAACGUCUAAUCGGAGAUGCUGCUAAGAAUCAGGUCGCCAUGAACCCCGUCAACACCGUCUUUGAUGCCAAACGACUGAUUGGUAGAAGAUUCAGUGAUCCGUCUGUCCAGAGCGACAUGAAACACUGGCCAUUCAAAGUCAUCGCUGGUCCUGGUGACAAACCCAUGAUUGUGGUUACCCACAAGGGAGAGGAGAAGCAGUUUGCUGCAGAGGAAAUCUCUUCCAUGGUUCUCACCAAGAUGAAAGAGAUUGCUGAGGCGUAUCUUGGGUCUACCAUUAAAAAUGCGGUGGUUACUGUCCCUGCUUACUUUAACGAUUCACAGAGACAGGCUACCAAGGAUGCAGGGGUCAUCUCUGGCCUUAAUGUGAUGCGAAUUAUCAAUGAACCUACUGCUGCUGCCAUUGCUUACGGUCUUGACAAGAAAGCCAGCAGCACCGGUGAGAAGAAUGUGCUUAUUUUCGACCUUGGAGGUGGUACAUUUGAUGUGUCUUUGCUUACCAUUGAAGAGGGCAUUUUUGAGGUGAAGGCCACUGCUGGAGAUACUCACCUCGGUGGAGAGGACUUUGAUAAUAGAAUGGUUAACCAUUUUGUCCAGGAGUUCAAGAGGAAAAACAAGAAAGAUAUUAGCGGGAAUCCAAGGGCUCUUAGGAGAUUGAGGACAGCUUGUGAAAGAGCAAAGAGGACUCUGUCAUCCACUGCCCAGACCACAAUUGAGAUUGAUUCUCUUUAUGAGGGGAUUGAUUUUUACACCACUAUAACUCGGGCAAGGUUUGAAGAGUUGAACAUGGACUUGUUCAGGAAAUGUAUGGAGCCAGUUGAGAAGUGCUUGAGAGAUGCUAAAAUGGAUAAGAGCAGUGUCCAUGAUGUUGUGCUUGUUGGUGGGUCAACCAGAAUUCCUAGAGUUCAGCAACUUUUGCAGGACUUCUUCAAUGGCAAGGAGCUCUGCAAGAGUAUCAAUCCUGAUGAGGCUGUUGCAUAUGGUGCUGCAGUGCAGGCUGCUAUCCUAAGUGGGGAAGGCAAUCAAAAGGUGCAAGACCUGCUUCUCCUGGAUGUGACUCCUCUGUCACUUGGCCUGGAGACUGCCGGAGGUGUGAUGACUGUUUUGAUUCCCAGAAAUACUACCAUACCAACCAAGAAGGAGCAGGUGUUCUCAACCUACUCUGACAAUCAGCCUGGAGUUUUGAUUCAAGUCUAUGAGGGUGAAAGAACCAGAACAAGGGACAACAAUUUGCUUGGGAAAUUCGAACUUUCCGGCAUUCCCCCAGCUCCAAGAGGUGUUCCUCAAAUCAAUGUAUGCUUUGACAUUGAUGCCAAUGGUAUUCUAAAUGUAUCUGCUGAAGACAAGACAACUGGCCAAAAGAACAAGAUUACCAUUACCAACGACAAGGGAAGGUUGUCAAAGGAAGAAAUUGAGAAGAUGGUGCAGGAAGCCGAGAAGUACAAAGCUGAAGAUGAAGAGCAUAAGAAGAAAGUUGAAUCCAAGAAUUCCCUUGAGAAUUAUGCAUACAACAUGAGGAACACGAUCAAGGAUGAGAAGAUCAGCUCCAAGCUUUCUGAAGAGGACAAGAAGAAGAUCGAGGAUGCCAUUGAAUCUGCUAUUCAGUGGCUGGAUGGGAAUCAGCUAGCGGAGGCUGAAGAGUUUGAUGACAAGAUGAAAGAGUUGGAGGGCAUCUGCAAUCCCAUCAUUGCUAAAAUGUACCAGGGAGCUGGCGGCGCGGAUAUGCCUGGAGGGAUGGACGAUGACAUGCCCUCGGGUGGUGGCAGUGGCGGUUCUGGUGCAGGUCCUAAGAUUGAGGAAGUUGAUUAAGCUGUCAGUGAGACAGUGAUGCUGGUUUUUUUUGGUGGUCUUGGGGGGAAGUGGCAUGUUUCAGGUCACUCCUGGAAGUGAAAAAUAUCUCGAAACUAUGGCCUUUUAUGGUGUUUAGAAUUUUAGAACUCUUUUAGUAAUGGAUGUUUUAUGCAAUUAUGCUUUAGUUCGUUCUACUAUGUAAAUCACUCCUCUGCUGAGCGCUGCUCAGAAGAUCAUCUUGAGAAGUGCUUCAAGCCUUUUGCUAGUUUUUAUCUGCGGAAUUUAUCUUUCUCUUGCUUCUGUGUCCUGCCUUAAAAAAUUGUUUACGCCAUUCUUUUCAUGGUUCAUCUUCCCCUUGAUACUAAAGCCUUAAAAUUGGAUGAUAACGCCGGUUGAUUCAACAUUUAAACUCGAGUAACGUUUUGUGCAACGGCAAAGUUAUAUGUAUAUAUCCAGGAGAAUAGUGGUGGUGCU